UCUAAUCCUCGCCCAAUUCCUUCAAACACUAGCUCAAUCAUAAAUACUGCCCCGUUUUAUUUUUCCACAAAUAAUAGCCUGCAGGCGAUCGGAAUACUUUUUUGGGGGAAGAUUUUGGUGAGCGCUUUGCCAUAAGUGAAAAAUCAGUUGAAUAAAAUUAUACAUGUUUUUGGAUCGGAGAUUUGCCGGAGCUGAGGUGAGCCCUGCCGGUGCUAUUCAUGGCAUAUGCUGUCUUGGCUAGCCAGAAUGAAUCGAGCUGGGUACAUAUGGGGAAAAUUCCUUACUCAAAUCCUCACUUGAAAUCAAACCCUAACCCUAACCCAAAGAAAAAGCAAAAGCAAUUCCACAAUUCAAGCAGUAAUGAAGGCGGCCGGUGCAACGAUGAUUUUCCUGCUGCAACGCAGGCCGACGAUGCCUAUUCAUUCAAUCAGACGACUGCGGCGGCGCGUAGUGGAUUCAACCACGGUGGGUAUCUAACCUACGACGUUGCCUCGUACACAAAAUCCGAGCUUUUGGAGUUCCGUAAACGCUUGGCCGCUGAGCUUGAACAGAUCAAGAACCUGAGGGUUCAAAUCGAUUCUGGUCAAUUGAACUUCAACAGUAGCAGUAACAAUCCUAGGUCUCAAGGGAAGCCAAAGAAAUUAUCUGGUAACAAACGGCCUGGAGCUCCAGUUGGAUCUCAUAAGGAGUCAAAGAAACUAUGCAAUGGAUUUCUUGAUAAUGGAAAUUUAGGGGUGGAAAGCGCAAUCGAUUGUGGGGCUAUGUUGAAGGAAUGCAGGCUGAUUUUGACGAAAUUGAUGAAGCACAAGAACGGGUGGAUAUUCAAUAAACCUGUUGAUGCUGCUACUCUGGGGCUUCACGAUUAUCAUCAAAUUGUGAAGCGGCCGAUGGAUCUGGGGACCGUAAAGUCGAAUCUAACAAAGAAUCUGUAUUCUCAUCCUUCUGAAUUUGCUGCUGAUGUGAGGCUGACUUUUAAUAAUGCCUUACUGUACAAUCCAAAAACUGACCAGGUUCACGGCAUGGCAGAGCAGCUAUUAGCGAGUUUCGAGAAAUUGUUUAGUCCAAUUCAGGAGAAGAUUGAUAGUUGUAAUACUCAGCGAAGAGAAAGGGAGCUUCGAGAAUUUUGGGAUAACGAUGAAUUGCAAGGGAAUCAGUGGAAUAAUCCUAGACAGAUUAUGGCUUCAUCCCCCGGAAGGGGAGGAAAGAAAUGUAAGCCAAAAUUGAGCCCGAUUCCAGUUCCUCAGCCUUCAAAGAAGCCGGAGAAAGUGCAGGUGCAAAAUCAUUCUAGCAUUGAAAUGCCUCCCGCCCCUCAGCCUCCGCCACUGAGUCAUCCAGUACAUGCACAAACUCCUUCUCCUGUCAGUGCUCCAUUGCCUGCGAAGGAACAAAAAGUUGGGAGGGUAGGGAUGGUGAAGCAGCCAAAACCGAGGGCAAAGGAUCCGAAUAAGAGGGAGAUGAGUAUGGAGGAGAAGCAUAAACUUGGUAGUGGGCUACAGAGUUUGCCUCAGGAGAAGAUGCCACAAUUGGUUCAGAUUAUAAGGAAAAGGAAUAAGCAUUUGGGGCAAGAUGGUGAUGAAAUUGAGCUUGACAUAGAGGCCCUUGAUACUGAGACUCUUUGGGAAUUGGAUCGGUUUGUGACCAAUUGGAAGAAAAUGGUGAGCAAGACUAAACGACAAGCAUUGAUGAACAACAAUCACGCUGCUGAAGCUACUGCUCCAACCACGCACAAUGUGGAGGACGACAUGGUACUGCUUAAUUCAACAAUGUCAAUACAGUUAGUUACACACAAUUCUUUCAAUAUACUUCAACGGACAGUACGUAAGCUAACGGUUUCGGUACAGAGACCCAGGUCGUUACAAAAAAAUUUUACUAGGAUUCAACUUAAGUCUUACUUAAGGGGAAGGUUACGAGUUCGAAUUCUGAGGGACGCGACAGAAAGCCGUGAGAGACUGAUCAAUGCUUUUGGUGGGAAGCAGAAUAAAGUAGACGCAGUUACAUUUUUUUUCAUUCUUGCACUUCAAUAA